UUGGCUGUCAGCUCCUCAUGUGUGAGCGCAAGUUUGGUUUACCCAGAUUGUUUUGAGAGAUGAGUUGAGUGGAAAGCUUUGCUAGCAUCCAAACUCAAAGUUCCCACAGAGACCGACAGGCUCCAACAUGCCGAGGCAACAGGUUGGACACGGGAUGGAUUUAAGGUCCAGUUAUUAAAUGUGUUGACCGGCACUUUAACCCUAAGGCAACUGUUAGGACAGGAUGCCAGAGAUGACGGAAACUCAGACUCCUGGUCGUAAACCCAAAAAGAAGAAAAACAAAGAAUCUCACAAUGCAGUUGAGAGACACAGAAAAGAGAAGAUUAACACUGGGAUUAACCGCAUUGGUAAUCUUCUGCCCUGUUCCCAGGCACUUAAACAGAGCAAAAAUAUGAUAUUGGACCAGGCUUUUCGCUACAUCACUGAGUUGAAGAAACAAAAUGACGCAAUGCUUCUGGAGGGAGGAGAUAAAGUCCAAGCGGAGGAGAUCCGUCGGCUGAGGCGUCAGAUGGAGGAGCUCAGGAAGGAGAGUGCUCACUACAUCGAGCUCCUCAAAGCCCAUGACGUCAACAUUCUCGAGGACCCCACUAUCCACUGGAAGGGAAAACAACGCUGUGCCAAUGUGGAAAAGGUGCCGCCUACUCACCAGCUACCAAAAGGGAUCAUCGUCUAUUCCAAUGGGAAUGUAAUGUGCCCAGCAGGGAUGGAGAAUAGCCCUGGGAAACAGCCAUCGGAAGCCUUAAUUCUUCAGCCACCAUCUGAGGUUAGUGGCAGGUUGAGGGUUAACGGAGCCCUGCUGCAAGUAAAUACUUCUUCUUCCACCCCUGCACUUCUUCCUGGGUCGACUGUCACACCCAACCAGUCAAUGCCAGGCUUGAGAGUUGUAGAGCAGUGUGUGGUGGAGACACCAGUUGCAGCCCCCAACUUGCCACCCUCUGUGUCUUACAUCACUCUCCAGAUCCCGACAGCCCUGUCCCAGCAAACGCAACCUGCCACCCCAGCCCAGGCUCUCACGUUAACAGCCACCUCGGUUCCGCAGCUCCCCACUGAAAGCUCUGCUUUGCCUGUGUCCACUUUCCCCACAUUUACCCAGACUGUAACCAGAGCGACAGCCGCAGAGGUUGCCUCUUGGGUCACACAGGACACUGCCAUCAGGACAGUAAGUUACAGUGCAGUCCCCAACAGUCAAGCCCUUCUUAGGGCAGGCGCAGCAGGCAGCACACAGACUACCUGGACAACACUGCAGAUCGCGGGGAACACCGUACAGCCAGUUUGCCAGAGUCUACCCACCCCAGAGGUCAGUAACACAACCCAGACUGUUCAGCAGGUGACUCUGUGUCCGGUGGGCAACAAACCAUCUGUUCAGCCAAUUCAAAUACAGAUGCAAUCGAAUGUCCCUGUACAGCAGGCACCCAUUACUGCCCACAUUCAAACGCAGCCCUUUCAGAGACCUCCCCAGCUACAGCCUGCUGUCUUGAACCAGGCACAUCCUCAGCCUGUCCUAGCCCCCCAGCCACAGUGUGCUGUUCUCCCUCAGUCAGCCAUAGUACCCCAGCCAGCUGUGGUGGCCCAUCCUGCUGUUGUGUCGCAGCCCCAGCCCGCUGUCCUUCAACAGGGGUCGUUGCUUCCCAGUCCUGCAACAGCCCUCAUUCCUCAGCCUCAGCCAGCCCUGCUGCCACUUCUCCAGACCAUGCAGGUGCUGCAGGUAAACCCGAGCGGAACAACAGCCUCAGGUGUAACAGCACCACAGAACUCUAACAACCCAAGUGUGGUCUUCCUGCAGCAGGCCAGCACUUGCCCCACCCAGUCAGUUGUAAGGGAGGAAAUAACCAAUCAGACACCCUGUCAGCAUAUUGUGAUCAUCCAGGCACCCAAUCAGGCUGCACCUGCCCCUCAGGUUGGCAUGUUGCCUGCCGCCGUUCCAUCUGCAGUACCUGCAGCAGUGUCCACUCAAAUAUCCACAACCAGCAGUUCAACGUCUAUCACUUCAUUACAUAGUGUUGGAGGGAAGCAGCUGGUGCACAUCCUUCCACGUCCUGUUCCGCCUCCAAUGAGCCAACCCCUACACGUCACCCAGGCAUCGUCUUCUCCCCCGGUUCCUUCAACCCCACAAACUAUCACUGUGAAUGGCCAAGUUUUCGCCUUGCAGCCCAUUAAGACCUCUGACAAAGCAAUUUCCGGGGGUGGCCACAGUACACUCCAGCUGAUCCAGCCGACAACCACAGAGGAACCAACUACUAAUGUGGCCCUCAACAGUUUAGGGGCCCUCAGCAGUCUCAACCAGAGCAUCUCUCAGGGCCUCCCAAUUACCAUUUCUAGUCAGAACAAUGGUCAGCCUGCAGCUGCUCAGUUAGCAGUCGUCCAACCGAAGCAGCCACAGCAGCAGCAGCCUCCUGCUCCAGUGCCUGUCUCUGGAACCACACUUGCUAUACCUGUCCAGCAGCUGCAGGUCCCUUGUUUGACCCCAGUCACAUCAGGGCUGGUGGUUAAUGCCUCUAAGCCUUCUGGAAAGAGGGUUCGCACACCUUUGAAAACAAAGAGAGCAACAGCUAAAAGGACGAAACCUGUCAUGAAAAAGGAGCUCAUUCAGGUGCAGCCUGCUGUUGUUGUUUCAGCGAAGCCCCCGACUGCUGCAGGAGAGAGUCAGACAGUUCAAACUACAGUAUCUCAAGUUUUACCAUCCUCCACUCUAAAAAUCACAGACACUGCCCCCACGUGUACCACAGCUGUCACAAGUAAAGAGAGCAGUGAAGCUACAGGAAAUGUAACCUCUACACAAAACACAACAAAAAUCAUUGUCUCUAGUUCAUCUAGUGAGACAAAUAUAGUCAGUCAAUCAAAUUCACAGAGCAAAAGUUUAGUCAGUGCAUCUCAGAGUGAUGCUAUAUCCACUCAAACUUAUACUGGCUCUACGGCAACUCCUGUAACAACGGUCAGUGCCACACCAGUGAAGCCAUCGGUUAGUGCAGCUGUGGUCAUAGAGAGUAAACCAGCGGUAGUUUCUGGCAACAAUUCGGCGGUAACCAAAGUCUCAGUACCAGAGGUUAAACAGCCAACCACCAGUACGGCAGCCAGUACAACACAAAGCAAGUCAGCUGCCACCACUGCUGCUUCGAGACAGAGCAGGUCUGUGGUCAGCUCGGCAGGUGCCACUGAGAGUGUGUACACGUCCACCACUGUUUGCACUGCAUGUUCGACUCCGGUCUGCGACAGCAACGUCACAACAACAGCACCUGUAUCUUCAAAUCAGCAAGCCAGCACACCAACAUCUGUAUGUCCUCCUCAGAGAUCCAACACCCAAGCCCCUGUGCCCUGUAAUAAACCUCAGCCUCAGCCCACCACUUCAUCCUCUGGGUCCAUAACUGUGGCGCUCUCAUCACCUGCACCAAUGUUAUCUUCAGCCCAUAGCUCUGUUUCCGUCGCCUCAACGAGUUCAGAGUUUAGCAAAAGAGUCACUGCAAGCAAAGCACCAUCACAGCUGAGUGAUAUAAACAUAUCCCAUCCCUCCAUCUGCCAUCCCACUGAGGUUAAACCACCUCCGGCCCCCAGAAGAGACAGAGAGACCCAGGAAGAGAAACACUCCACAGCAGCAGGGAAGGAGAGUUUGAUGGCAGUGACCUCUGACGCUCCCUCUAGAAAGGACUUUGCCCUGUCGCAGCAGGUGUACACAAACCUUGAUGAUCAAACUUUGGAGCACCCUAUGACAUCUAGCCGACAGACUGAUUCUCCCAUGUCUACAGGAGCUGGAGGAGGCAGAGGUUUCUCCGUGGCGUCCAUGCUUCCUCAGGGCCACAGUAUUGGUGCAUCAUCAGGCCCCUUUGGAACAUUUACAUUCACGUCGGAGCAGGCAGAGAUGCUUGCCCUGGCCAUGCUAGAACAGGACAGCCCUGGGAGGAGGAGUGGAGGCUGCACUGGGGACAACACAGGUUCGUCUAACCCUAUUACGAACCAAUGGGAGCCUCCCAAACCCUCACCGGUUUCGAACAGUAAAGAAAGAGGCUCAAAUGGACAGCAAGCAAAAGUGACUAAGGCCAUGGAUACAGUUAAACCCGCUGUCCAUGUGUCGGUCAGAAGACAAGUGGGGGAGGGGUCUGUCAGUGCACCGAAUGGAAGCAGACAUCAACAAAACAUUUCUUACUCCCAGUCGCAGUCGCUCCCCCAGGUCCAGACUCAGAGCUCAGCCCAGAGUGGUACUGGGGCCAGCCUCAGUGUCAACAACCUAAUAAGACCCAGCUCCAGUCAGCAGCCCUACCCCAGUUCCCCCAGUCUGGCUGGCCAACAGGGCUCAGUUCCCUCGCCUGUGGGGACCUCAGCCCACAUAUCCCAAGUCUCAAACAACGCCCUCUCGCCCUGCUCAGGUGCAGCUCAGCCGAACGAAUACAACCCCAUGAAAACUGCGCUGAUGAGGGCUCAGACUGGAGCUGGCGUUGGCGAGCGACAAGUGAAGAUUAUCUCUAAGCGUCAGUCCCAGGAAGCGGUGAUGCUUAACACUGGAAAACGUCCCAAGCUUUGUCCUCCAUCGGCCGCCAGUGUCACCCAUAUGGAAAUUAAAGCUCCUGAUCACAGCCAGAUGAUGGGACAGCUGCUGCCCACCUCCUCGGGUGUCAUGACAAGGAUUAACUCAGAAAGUGGAGGGCCCCUCUUCUCCACAAAUUCUUUCAUGAGCCCAGUAGUGCGACCCCCAGAUGGGCACUGUGCUCCUCAAGGGCCCCCUGAGCAGAUCCAGCCAGGGGUGCUUCACCUGCCCCAGGGUCACCCGCAGCAUCCUGCAGCCCAGCCCGGCCAACACCUGGGGGGGAACCUUUACAUGAAACAGCAACAGCAAGAGCAGCAGAGACACCAUCUGUAUCAUCUGCAACACCACCUGACACAGCCUGACCUUGGACAGCGCCACUCACUACACCAGAGGGCGCUUCAGCAGCAGCAACAAGAGCAGCAGCAGCAGCAGCAGCAGCAGCAGCAACAGCACGUGCAGAAGAAGCGGGGACCGGUCAGAGGAAAUCAGACGGGUUCACCGGCUGUGCUGCAACAGAAGCCACAUCACCUGGAGAAGUCCGGAGUUCAGCAGCAGCAGCAGCAGCACUCGCAUCAACAACAAACGCAACAUCAGCAGCACACGCAGCAGUCGCAGCAACACCCGCAACAGUCACACCAACAAUCGCAGCAGCAUCAACAGCCACCGCAACACCAACAGUCUCACCCCCAGCAGCACCAACAGCAGGCACUUCAACAGCAGCCCCAGACGCAGCAUCAGCAACACCAACAGCAGCUACAGCAACAGCAGAGCUCCCACUCCCGACACCAGCAGCAUCUACAGCAGCAGAUCCAGCAGCAGCAACACUUCAGACACCAGGAGAAGAGCUGCGAAGCCCAGUCAGCAGGAUCCAGGGCCCACCACAGUAACCACCUGGCUCAGCAGGAACACCUCAAGUCUGGUCAGGAUCAUAAUGCUAUGCAGAGGAUGAUGAGCUCCAGGACCCUGGAGCAGCAGCUCAUCUCUCCUCCCAGCAAUCCCGUGUCCCGGUCGUCCGAGCUCGCCUGCGCUCCAUCACGCCAGGAACGCCAUCGUGUUUCCAGUUACUCUGCGGAGGCGCUCAUCGGUAAAAGUCCCACAAAUGGUGACCAGCAGCAACGCAUGGGUCUUCACCUACAAUCUGGACACGUCACCAGCCAGGACCAGCCAGAGCUCUGCGGUUACCUGGACACGUCGCGAGGGAAGGCCAAUAUCUCACACAACCCACAGAGCCGCCCGCCUUCAGAUCAUCCAGGGUCCGCUGAUGUUCAGCGGGUCUCAGAGUGUCCGCCCUUCAAGGCUAUGAGUGGAGGAGCACAUCAACUCAGUGGUUUCGAGCUGCAGGUAUCUCGUGGAAGUGACAUGACAACUAAGUCAGUGCCUCCUUCUCAGAGGGGCCCUCAGGGGCAGCAGCAGGGAGGGUUCAGGAUGAAUGUUGGCCCUCCCGCAGACAGCAGGAACCGCGGCGGCUACAGUGUAGCUCAUCCUGGUUCACAAGGAGUACAUGUCGGACCGCCGCUGCCCCGAGAGCAGGAAGCUUGUCACCAGAGUUUUAUGCAAAGCCUCCUCUCCCCCCACCUUCCUGAGCAGAGCAACCACCAGCGAGCGGUGCAGUGCUGCCCCCCAGUCAGCAUGGACUACAGCUGUGUGCCUGGAAGCUCCUCAGGAGACAUUCAGGCCAAGGCCUCCAACCCCAGUGGGCCGCAGACGCAUAAGGCUGCAGCUAUGAGGCUCGGAGAAGGCAACAAGGGCCAUAUUUCUCAGGUUAGCAGCAACAUGCACGGAGGCCCAGGUGUACGAGCAGGUCUCCCCCAUCCUCCAACUCCCCACAGCAGCUCUGAGCCAGGCCGCUCCUCGGCGCCCUCCAGACCGCCCACUGCUGUCAGCCAGCACUCCAGGCACAUCACCCGGGAUACUCAGCCCACCAAGCUGCGACCCGGGGACCGACCUCGGUCCGGUGCUCUGAGAUCGAGCAACCCCUUCGAGCCAGAGGGCCACCUACCUCUGCCCUCUGGAGGAGGGGUGCUGCUGGGCCGACCACAGUCUGGAGGAGACGCGCGGCGCAGCACUAUCGUUCGCUUCAUGGCUGAUGGUGGUCAGGUUCCCAGUGAAAACAACCUGGUUCCUGAGCAACACAUAACACAGAACUUUGGUUUCCCUUUUAUUCCCGAGGGAGGAAUGAAUCCUCCUCCCAUCAACCCCAACUCCACAUUCAUCCCUCCGGUCAGUCAGUCAAACGCCUCCCGUACACCCGCCCUUCUCCCUGUGGAGCCCCAGAAUACUUUACCCUCCUUCUAUCCCUCCUAUUCUCCAGCAACACAUCCCAGCCUUCCCAGUGACGUCACCCUUCAAUACUUUCCCAACCAAAUGUUUACCAGCCCCAGUGCCGACAAAGGCAGCGCUCCUCAACUCAACAACCGCUUCGGCUCGAUCCUUUCCCCGCCGCGCCCUGUGGGUUUUGGUCAGACCAGCUUCUCGCUGCUCCCAGAUAUGCCCCCGAUGCCUAUCACCAACUCGUCGGGAAUCACCCCUCACAUAUCCAACUUCAGCCUCACCUCUCUGUUCCCCGAGAUCGCCACUGGCAUGCCCACUGACGGCUCGUCCAUGCCCAUGUCUCCCCUGCUGUCGCUCUCCAACACCUCGUCUGCCGACUCAAGCAAGCAGCCAAAUCGCCCUGCCCACAACAUCAGCCACAUUCUGGGCCACGACGGCAGCUCGGCCGUGUGAGGACAGCUCCUGCUGCAUAUUUAUGCUGCUCUCAAGUGAAAGUCGAGGUUUCUGUUCGAGACACGCUCUUUUAAAUGGAUGUGAAGCACCAGAUGAACAGUUGCUCGAUCGAUAUUUCUCACACAUCUGGUGGAGAUUUCCGUUGUUUACAUAUUCACACGAUUUCAAUCUCAAACAUGUUCCCGUGUCGUACAUUUGAUGUUAUGAUUUGUAAUAUUUCAAGAAUCAUUUUGACUUUGGGGACAUAAAAGCUCUUUGUUUGAAGUGUUGGUGAAACCGACUCUUUGGUAGUAAAACAAAAUCAAGGUUUAGUUUGAGGACUUGAAUUCAAUGUAUUCUCGGUCAUAAAGAAACCUGCACAGUCACCUACCAAUGUAAUUUACUAACUUAUCAGGUUGUACUGUACAGAAUCUGUUUUGUUUUUUCCCCAAGAGCUAUUUUGUAAAUACCAAUGUUUCAUAUCAGAAUUGUUAGACUAUGUAUGUAUUUGUAAAUACAAAAUUGAUUAAUAAAGUUUAUAAGAAGACCUUUUGUACUUGCUGCAAA